AGUUACAGCCCUUCUGGGUUUCUGGUUCUAUUCAUCCUUUAGCAGAAGAAAAAGACAAGAAGGGGAAGAAACAAACCAGGAAGUUCCCUUACGAGAACUCGUAGUUUCACCGCUAACACACUUGAUGAGUGUAAGUAUGCCGGACAACAGUGGAGAAAUGCAGCACUUCAACUUAAGUACCAUAGAAACUGCGACAAACAAUUUCUCAGAUGCGAAUAAGCUCGGAGAAGGUGGUUUUGGCCCGGUUUACAAGGGCAAGCUGACUGAUGGAAAGGAAAUAGCCGUGAAAAGGCUUUCAAUGAACUCUAAACAAGGCCUUAAAGAGUUCAAGAAUGAAGUGAUGUUAAUUGUGAAACUUCAACAUAGAAAUCUAGUGAGGCUCUUGGGAUGUUGCGUGGAAGGAGAAGAAAAGCUUUUAGUCUACGAGUACAUGGCAAACGCCGGUCUUGAUGCCGUCCUGUUUGAUCCAGCAAGAUGCACAGAACUACACUGGGCUAAGCGAGCAAACAUUAUCAAUGGGAUCGCAAGGGGCCUUCAAUAUCUACAUGAGGAAUCUCGGCUCAAAAUCAUCCAUCGGGAUUUGAAAGCAAGCAACAUAUUGCUAGAUGCCGAGAUGAACCCAAAGAUUUCAGAUUUCGGCACUGCUAGGAUUUUUGGAGAUAAUCAAAUAGAAGCCAACAUUAACAGAGUCGUGGGUACAUAUGGAUACAUGGCACCAGAAUAUGCAAUGGAAGGACUAUUUUCAUUCAAGACGGAUGUUUACAGCUUUGGAGUACUAAUGCUAGAAAUCCUAAGUGGGAAAAAGAACAGUGGCUUCUAUUAUUUAGAGCGUGCACAAAGCCUUCCGCCCCAUGCAUGGCGACUAUGGAGUGAAGGCAGAGGAAUGGAGUUGAUAGAUCAGAUAUUGGUCGACACAUGUCCUGAAAACGAGGCUCUGAGAUUGAUACAAAUCGCAUUGCUUUGUGUUCAGGAAGAUCCUAAUCUUAGACCUACAAUGACAUCGGUCCGUCUCCUGCUUGCAAGCAAAUCGAUAAACAUUCCUCAGCCAUUAGCACCUACAUUCUCUACAAAUAGAUUUGCUACAUCCGAUCGUUCUUCCACAACUGGGGCCGGGAUAGGAUUUGCCACCUCUGAUCGAUCUUCAAAAUCUGGGGCCCCGGCAGCUUUUGCCGCAUCUGAUUAA